AGUUGUUACAAUGCCAUGAAUACCAUAAACAGUUUGGGGAUAUGUGAACGUGUCACAUCCUGUACUUGUCCUCCCGGUGCAUUAACGUAAAAACAUUAAAGCAGGGUCUGUUGUCUCCCUUUCUAAACCUUGUGACGUGUCUAUGACGCGGCUGGGAGCAGCGGAACGCUCCCCCCUCUCUUCUGCUCCUGUUGCGCAUUCUGCGCAGGAACUCCGCACUUCACCGACGAGCGCCCCGCACAUUAAAAACCCUCCAGCCAUCGCACAGGAGAGAGGGGGGCGGGGGGGGGGGGGCAGAUUCUCCAAACUCUCGAUGGGACCCGACGACUGAAGCCGGCUGCUUCCUCUCCACCAGACAUGGACUGCUGCGCAUUUGGCCCGUUCGCCGCGUAUUUACGCAUCGCGGUGCUCUGGAUCGUGCAAUUAGGAGCGUUUGCGCAACAAGCCGCCGAGUGUUACCCGGGGGGCCAUCGGACCUUGCGUAACCCCUAUCGCAGCGUGGCCUUUGACUCCACGGAGAUCCAGGACACGGCCAUCCAGGACCUGAUCUGUGACCACUCGCUCCCCGCAGGCUGGUACCGGUUCAGGAUCAACAACCAGCCGGCCGAGAUGCCCACCACCUGCGUUGAGAUGAACCACUGUGGAACACAAGCCCCGGUGUGGCUCUCUCUGAAGGACGCCCCCCUGCCGAGGCCCGGCGAGGUCCGCCAGCUGUCCGCCUGCGCCACCUGGCAGUUCUUCCACGGCAGCACCAAGGACUGCUGCCUCUUCCGCAUCCCCAUCGCGGUGAGGAACUGCGGCGAGUUCCUGGUCUACCGGCUGCAGCCCACUCAGGGCUGCAUGGGAUACUGCGCUAAAGUUACUCCAGAUGUGGGACUCAGACCCUGCCCCCCAGGUGAGGUAGAAGUCAACGGCCGAUGCAAAGCCGCCGUCCCGUCCCUGCCGUCCAGGCCCCUCAUCAUCCCGGAGCUCAUCGGCCACAGUGUCCACCUGAGGUGCUCCUUUGUCCCGCCGCCCUGGAGCCAGCCUCUGGGCUUCCAGGUGGUCUGGGCCAGGUACAUUGGCCACAGCAUGAAGGCCGAGAUCAGGCAGGAAUCCACGCUAAAGCCCUUCUCUCUGGUGGAGAUGGACGGCGUCCACUUCAGGCUCGGAGAGACGUUCUCCUGUAGCGUGUCGACUUUUAGAGCCAACUCCAGCCACACCAGAUCUCCUCCGAAAGAGAGCGAGGGUUUCUACGCCGGACUGAAGUUCUCCCCCGACUCGCUGCACAUAGCCGAGGACAGCAAAGAGCGCGAGGUGACCGUGCACAGCACGGUGCCCAUCCCCUGCCACGGCACCGGCCACGCUCGCCACUGUGGAGUCCUUCUGGUGCUGAGCGUCCAAGACCCAGACGGCCUCGAACACGAGGCCCCAAAUGUGGCCCUGUCGACCUGCCAUGUGGAGCUCCGGCCCGGCGCCUGCGGCGAAGGCGGCUGUGGCCGGGCGGAGGUCUUGGUCACCGCCGUCACAGACUUCACGCAGGACGGGAACCGCCACAGUCUGAUCGGGGUUCUGCCCGGACCAGGCGCACCACGGCUCUGGAGAACCUACGUCCCGAUGUCUCUGAGAAUCAUGGUCCAGGACGUUCCAACUUCCAUCUGCUACUCUCUGACCGACCCACAUGUCAUCACCCUGGACGGCAGGCGAUACGAAAACCACCAAACCGGCACCUUCGUGCUCUACCGGAGCCUCGCCAGGGACUUCCUGGUUCACUCUCGCCAGUGGGACUGCGGCAGCCGGCACUACGCCGUCACCUGCUCCUGCGGUGUGGCGGUGCGUGAAGGGAACGACGUGGCAAUCUUUGACAUGUGCAACGGGCGCCCGCAGGAGAGCAGGCCUCGGCUCACCCUGAGGAACCUGGGCGAGGGAGAGGUCGGCAGCCGGGUCAAGGUGCUAGAGUCCCACCAGGGGAACAAGGUCACCUUGAUCUUUCCCUCUGGGGCCUUCGUUAGGGCCGAUGUCGGCGAUUGGGGGAUGAGCCUCUCCGUACGCGCGCCCAGCGUCGACUACGGCAACACGCGAGGUCUCUGCGGAACCUUUGACCGCAAUGCCAGCAACGAAUUCCACGGCUCCGACGGGGGCUCCUACGGCCCCGAGGACUUGCACCGCUUCAUAGAGGCCUGGAGGAUUGCUCCCGGGGAGAGUUUGUUUGACAGGACGUUUUCCGGGGCGCCUCCAGAGGUCAGGAGGCCCUUCUGUCAGUGCCGGCAGGGAUACAGCGCCUCUCACCACACCAGCACAGGGAUGAGGAACUUGUACAAUCCGUCCGCUCACUCAGACUGCGUGGCACGCGAUGACGUGGAUUACACCUCCGUGUUUCCUUCCAUGGACACAACAGCGGAACACACGGAAAGUCCGGCAAGAAAGGAGAGCAUCCUGGAUGUGUCCGCCUUCAACGCCCGUCCCCUACAGCAGUUUCACACCGACAAUCCCAACGGAGACGCUGACCUGGACGCCAAGCUCAGGGAGGAUCUCUUGCUCUCUGCUGGCAGGCCGAGGCGAGCAGCCUCCUUUGAGUUCCAGCCCGUCUUGGCCGCUCGGGGCCUCAGCCGGGCGGAUCUAGAAAGCUUUGCCUACUUCUUCCCCGAGGACCACCCGGCGGAAGCCCGACCCGAGGUGCGGCCUCAGUGGCCCACGCCAAGUGGCAUGACCUCGGCCAAAGCUCUCCAGGUGUGCCGGGCGGCGUUGGCCGACUCCACUGUCGGUGCGGUGUGCCGGGGGCUGCUGGGACGCCGCCUGGAGGAGGCGGUGGACCUCUGCAUGCUGGACUUGCAGCUCAAAGAUGACCUGGGUUGGGAGGAGGCACUGCUGCCCCACCUGGAGAACGAGUGCGAGAGGAGGCUGUUGGAGAACCGAACCCAUAGAGCCCUGGAAUUGGCCGCCCCCCUGGGAAAGACCGGGGAGGUGGUGAGAGCGUUGCGCUGCCCCAACUUCUGCAACAGCAACGGAGAGUGCACGGAGGGGGGGUGCCAGUGCUAUCCCACCCACAGCUUCUACGACUGCAGCCUGGCCAUCAGCCAGCCGGCCGAGCUCACCGAUCUGGAGAACGGCGGAUUGUGCGACAUCCGAGCCUUCAGCUGCCGCAGCGUCCGAGUCUUUGGCCUCGGCUUCGUCGACACUCCCGACCUCAGCUGCCACGCCAACAGACUGAAGCAAGUGAACGGAGUUUGGGUCGAGGGGGAGAAACAGAGGACCAAAGCCAAUUUCCUGAGCUCCAGGGCUCUGGACUGUGCCGUGCCGUCUCUGAGCAACGCCGCCGUCAACACGGAGGACUUCCUGAUGGUCGACAAACCGUACGCACGCUGGGAGAUUCAGGUCACAAACGACGGCUCCCAGCACAGCCAGGCCAAGGUAUUGACCAUCUACGAUGGCGUGUGCCAGGUGUGCCAAGCGUCACGCUCAGGGCUCUGUAAGCUAAAGGAGAGGACGUGUAACAUCGACGGGAUGUGUUUUGCAGAAGGAGUCUCCAGUCCGAGCAGCCCGUGCCUCCUCUGUGACCCGGAGACCUCCAAAUUCAGCUGGUCCGUGAAUCAAGUCAACGAGCCGCCGGCCUUCCACCGGCCUCACGGCGACCUGCGCACAUUCGCCGGGGAGAACUUCGUCUUCCAGUUGGCAGCGUCGGAUCCCGAGGGCUCGGCUCUCCUCUUCCAGCUGGAGGAGGGGCCGAAGGGGGCCGUCCUCUCGCCUGCAGGCCUCCUCAUCUGGAGGGUCCCGUCGCUGCACGAGACGGAGGGGCCUCAGACUUUUCGCUUCACGCUGUCAGACGAGUGCAACGCCCAGAGCACAUUCGCUGUGGAGAUCCAGGUGGUGAAUUGUGGGUGUCAGCACGGAGGUACUUGUGUGACGGACGUCUCUUUCCCGGCCGGCAGUGGGAAGCACCUGUGCGUGUGUCCGGAGGGCCGGUGGGGCGACCUGUGCAACGAGCGUGCGGACCCGUGUCGUUCGGCGCCGUGCGAGGCCGGCACUUGCACGGACACCGGCAGAGGGUUCAGCUGUGAUUGUCCUGCGGGGUUGCAAGGUGUCACGUGCCGGGAGGAUGUCGACGAGUGUGAAGGCGAGCCGUGUUUCCCGGGGGUCCGGUGCCUCAACAGUUUAGGCUCCUACCACUGCGGCUCGUGCCCAAAAGGCAUGCUGGGAAAUGGUUCGGUAUGCACAGCAGUCACAACCACACCUAGUCCUCCUACAACCGCCUACCGGGCCCCAGAUGUUCUGCUGAAACCUCCCGAAAUAAAGGAGACCUCAGGUGGCAGCUCACCGCAGAGGAGGGCUGAGCCAGGGAAGACCGGCCCGAACCGGUCCCACACUAGGACCGGCCCGUGGAUGAACCCAGCGCUCACAAAGGCAGAAACCUACUGGAGCAUCACAGCAGGCACACCGAUCGCUCCGCAAAUGAAGAUAGACGCUUCAGGAAGAAGCCCAGGAGUCAAAGUCAACCCGUCCACGACCAACACUGGCACUUUGAAGAACACCUCCGGGGUCAGCGACACUGCUGCAGGAAGUGGCAGACCAGCUUCAGGGCCUGCUCUGGCUGUGAAUGUGUCGGCUACGUGUGCCAGCAGGCCCUGCUUCCCCGGGGUCCAAUGCAUCAACCGCAGACCGCCGCAUGUGGGGCACGUCUGCGCCCGAUGUCCGCCUGGUCUCUACGGCAAUGGACGGGUGUGCAUGAAGAACGCCAAAGAAGCGUCCAACCACCUUCCUCAGCAGUGGACCAUCCGAUCGCCGCACGGCAGCAGCAGCACCAUCUCUCAGCUCCACCUGCCCAACUUGCCCAGCAGGCACGGCAUCAAACAUCUGUCCUGGGCCGUCACCAGAGCCAACCGGGACAACGCGCUGCACCCGGUUCUCCCUUCAGGGAGGGGUGGCGGGACGGGGAGGAGGGAGGUGGCCAGAGACGUCCCCAGAACCUCCAUGGGUGCAAAGACCGCCACCAUCCGCCUCAGCACCGAGCUCAGGGCGUACGGCGGAGCUACCGCCACCGUCUCCAGGCGUCCGGUGGUUCCCCGAGGGGGGGUCUCCAAGCAGUCUGAGCCAGCAUUGGAGGUAACACCACCUGCUGCUCGCCUAUCCACCCAGCCCAAGCACCACCUCCCAGCCUCCACCCACGGCAUACCAAGGACCCCCCCGAAAACAGCCAUUCCUCUCACCGCGGCCCUCGCCGCUUUGUCGUUCUCGCUGCCCGAGUUCUCCGCAGACGGAGACAGCGGCGAGGUGGGAUUUGAAGAACCGGAGAGGGUCCCGCCGUUGACCUUCAGCCCCCCACUGCAAAGAGCCACCUCCCCCCAGGCAGCGGUGAGGAGCGGCACCACGGCGGACAAACGGGUAGUGACCUGCGCGGAGCGGCCAUGUUUCCCCGGUGUCCCCUGUGAACCGGCUCCGGGCCGGGGUUACCGCUGUGGGCGGUGUCCCGUCGGGUACACUGGAGACGGACGAGCAUGCAGAGCCGUUUGCAGGCAUGUGUGCGGCAGGAACAUGGAGUGUGCCGCGCCCAACACGUGCCGCUGCAAAACCGGCUACAGCGGAUCCGACUGUCACACAGCCAUCUGUCAGCCGGACUGUGCUAACGGGGGGGUCUGCGUGGCUCCAGGUGUGUGUCGCUGCCCCACAGGGUUUCACGGAGAGACCUGUCAGGAAGCUCUGUGCAGGUCCCCAUGUGAGAACGGGGGCUCCUGUGUUGGGCCGCAGACCUGUUCCUGUCCUUAUGGGUUUGUGGGACCUCGAUGUGAGACAAUGGUGUGCAGCCGUCACUGUCACAACGGGGGCCGCUGCGCGUCUCCAGACGAGUGCGCGUGUCCGUCGGGCUGGAGCGGACCGUCCUGUGAGACAGCUCUCUGCUCUCCCGUGUGCCUCAACGGGGGGUCGUGCGCCCGGCCGGACGUCUGCGAGUGUCCUCGCGGGUUCUACGGCGUGCGGUGUCAGAGCGGGGUCUGCAGCCCCCCCUGCAAGAACGGCGGCGUGUGCCUCCGGUCCAGCGCGUGCUCCUGUCUGCAGGGAUACACCGGGAGGCGAUGCCAGAUCAGUGUGUGUGAGCCGCCGUGUGUGAACGGAGGCCGCUGCGUCGGCCCGGACGUGUGCGAUUGUCCGUCGGGUUGGCGAGGAAAGAGUUGUGAUAAACCCAGCUGCCUGCAGAAGUGCGCCAACGGGGGGGAGUGCGUGGGAGCCGGCGCCUGCCACUGCGCGCCGGGCUGGCACGGCAUGCUGUGUCAGAUCCCUGUCUGUGAGCAGACGUGUCCUCCAGGCGGCCGAUGCGUCCGACCCAACGUCUGCGCCUGCCGGAGCGGCUCGCUCUGCUCCAGAAGGUUCCCUCUCGGCCAAAGAUGAGACGCAUUAGAAGCAAACAGAGUUAAACCAGCACCGAUGGAACCGGCCGAGCAGAGGAAGAUCUCUGUGCACUCGCCAAAAAAACUCAAAGCAGGGGGAAGCAGCUCAUUUCACAUCUCAACAGCAUACAAACAAAUAUUUAGAAGCGGUUUUACGACUGCACUUACCUGUGGAUGAACUGCUAUGUAGUGGUUCUAUCCUGUAAUCUGCUUUCUUGAGAUUACAAACACUUCGACUGACACAGAUUUACAGAUUGAGGCUAACCCCCCUACUUCCAGUCUUUGUGCUAAGCUAGGCUAGUGAGACCCUAACUACCCUAAACACUAUACUUCUCAUUUGACAUAACAUGAACAUAAAGUUCAAGAUAAAGUUAAACGUUGGGGACUAUUUUUAAACGCAUGUAUGUAAUGUAUGAGUAUUUAUUUAUUUGUUGCAUAUUCCUUGGUGUAUUUUCUCCUUAAGGCACUGUUUAUUGGGAGUUUUAAAAGGAAACAAAUAAAUAUCCUUUUAAGGUU